UUAAGCAUUAUCUGGAUAUUUAAAAAAAUGUACCUGUAGUUGUUUUGCGUUACUUUUAAGCUGAUUUUGAGCAACAGGACGUUGCCAAAAUAAAAAAGAUAUGAUGUGGCCAUCUGCCUGCCACCUCUUGGCGUGAUAGACAUUAUCGUAUAACCCUAGGUACAGUCUCGGGUUAGACAAUCAAGAAUAUCACCCCUCGGAUUGGAGAGUUCUCUAUCACAUCCUCUGUCAAGAUAAAGUGUACCAACGACGUGUACAGGCAUUGUCAAACAUGGCCCGCUUGUCGUACGGAAUGGCGGUGUUGGGGACGAUCAACGCCGUAUUGGGGAUCGUAAUAAUCGUGUCCCUGGACGAGUCACAUAGAGUAUUUCCUCUGACCUCAGGUGCUUCUAUAUGGUCUGGUGUCUAUAUGAUUGUGGUCGGAACGGUAGGUAUCAUGACUUCUCGAACGUCUGAAAACCUCAAACAGGACAUCCGAAGGGAUUUGAAAUGCAAGUUUGGUCUGUUCUAUGGACUGUCCGUUGGUAGCUUGAGUAUAUGUGGGAUAUCGGCGGGAUAUAAUGGCGGGGGUUUAAGUUGGUGUGCCACACAAGGAUGUUCUGAGAACGGCAGCAGUCUUGUUCUUGUCCUUUCUUGUGUAGGAAUGGCCCUCUCGGUAGUCUUGUUUGGGUGUGGAAUAUGUGGAAUGGUUUUCUUCUUUAGGUACAGAAAUAUCUUCCAAAUGUAUACUCCCGCCUAUCGUGCGAUGCUGAUUGAGAAGAAAGUUGAAAAUCUUCAGAGCCAGCUCAACCAAACAGGUGGCGACCAGAACUAUGGCGGAGUUCAGUCAGGAUUCGGGAACGGUGGAUAUACCAACUGGAGUUCUCCUCCUCCUCCAGCUUAUAGCGAAAAAGCAUGAACAUAUCAACAGUAUCAGUUCGGGAGAAAUAAUUUGAGCAAAAAUUCAGCAAAAUAUGAUACGGUAUUAGAUUUUAGUUAAUCAAAAGAAAAUGAAUGACACGUCGAAUAACAUGGAAUAUCAAUUUCUUCUCAAUCAUCUUGUUGUGGGACCUUAACAAAAUAAGGAUAUUGCUGGACCUGCCAAUAUACGGCAGUCACGUGAUAAAAACGUACUUUUCUAUGUUAAAAUGCAUUCAAAUACGAAAUUUUGAUAAAAGUAUAAUCCAACAACUUCUUAAGUUCUUAAGGUUUGAUCAACGACCGAGGUAAAAGAUACUCGGUCAAAAUUAACGACUCUUUAAAAAGAUGUUUAACCAAACUAUAGCUUAGAAAACGAGAAUUAUAAUGCACAUGUCAUCAUUGCAACUCAAAGUGUCAAAGAGAUCAUUUGUAAACUGA